ACAUACACCCAAACGCUCCCCUCCAAAAGAAAAAACUCAUUUGUUAAUUGCUGAAUAUCAAUCAAAGAGAGAAGAUAAAUUAAUAUAGCGAAAAAGGAAGAAGAAAGAAAUGGAAGAGAUAGAGAUAGUAAUAGCAGGUGCCGGCAUAUGCGGUCUCGCCGUUGCCUUAGCUCUUCACAGGAAGGGGAUAAAGAGUGUUGUUCUGGAAAAAGCAGAGUCGGUUCGUGCGACCGGCGCCGGCAUCGGAAUCCAACCAAACGGGUGGCGCGUCCUUCACCAGCUUGGCGUUGCCUCCACUCUACAAUCUACUGCUCUCCCAAUUCUCGGAGGGCGAGAUAUAUCGAUCCAAAACAACGGGAAGCGACGUGAAUCGCCUCUUCUACCAGUUCCAAGUGUUGGAGAAGUACGUUGCUUGAAGCGUAGUGAUCUAGUCAACGUGCUAGCUGGUCAACUUCCAACUGGCACCAUUCGCUUUGAAUGCCAAAUCGUGUCAGUGGAGUUGGACUCUUUGACUUCUUAUCCAAUUAUUCACUUGCAAGAUGGAACCGCCAUUAGAGCCAAGGUUUUGGUCGGAUGUGAUGGAGCCAAUUCAAUAGUUGGAAAUUUUAUUGGGCUAAAACCCAAGAAGGUGUUCAGUUCAUGUACAGUGAGAGGUUUUACAGAGUAUCCUAAUAGCCAUGGAUUGCCAAUUGAAUUUAUUAGGAUAAGAAAGGGCAACACACUUUUUGGAAGAGUUCCUAUUACCGAUAAACUCGUUUAUUGGUUCUUACUUCACAGGUGGAAUCCCACAGAUAUUUUAAAGUGGCCCAAGAUCCAGAAUUGAUACAACAACUGGCUAAAGACACUUUACUUGAAUAUGAGUUGUCAACAGAAAGCCUAGAGUUAGUGGAAAGGUGCGAUCGAAGCUCAUUAUCAUUCACUCACUUGAGUUAUCGAGAGCCAUGGGAAGUGUUGCUGGCCAAUUUUCGAAGAGGAACAGUGACAGUGGCUGGAGAUGCAAUGCAUGCAAUGUGUCCGUUCUUGGGUCAGGGCGGCGCAGCAGCCAUGGAAGACUCAAUAGUACUAGCUCGGUGCUUAUCAAAGAAGCUUAAUUCAAAAGAGGGAAUUGAGGAAGCACUUGACAAAUAUGUAAAAGAAA